AUGGCGCUGGGGGCCUGGUCUCGGCCGGCGUGCAGCGGGGGCAGGCGCCCGCUCUCCGCCGCCUGGCCGCUGGCGCUCUCGGCCUUCGCGGCGUGGGCCUGGAUGGCUGCCGAGGGCGCGUUCGCGUCGCCUCCGGUGCCCGCGGCGGGCCAGGCGCGCGCCCUGCAGGGCGGCGGUGCCGCUGCGCUGGCCGCCGCGCUGCCGCCGGCCGCGGCGCGCCCUGCGCGGAGCAGCCGCGCCCUCGUCGGGCUAGGCCUGCUGGCAGCCGCGGCUCUCGCAGGCACCCUCGCCGCCACAGCCAGAAGACCAGCGGAGAGGUCCAACAGGGCGGCGGCGGCCGCCGUGGCGGCGGCGCCUUUCGGCUGCAUCGAGGAGACGGCGCCACAGACCCGUCCCUGUUCGUGA